GGCCAUCCGGUACAGUUCAAAGUUCCCAUCGAAGCCAAGUUUUUUGUGGCCUAUAAAAGGGCACUCAAACUCCUCAUUUUAUGUCAACAAAAUCAUCUUGAGAUCCUUCACCACCUAUUCAUCAAACUGCAAAGGGUUUCACACUUUCACUUUCCCAUCAUGGAUACGUUAGUUAGUACCAUUUUCUUAGCCUUUCUGGGCAUUCAUGUUUUGAUAUUGCCAUUUGACAGGGUGCAUUGCGCCACCAAAUCAUCAAUAUGCAACCAAACACCGUACCCAGAGGUCUGCAACUCUUUUCUCGACGCUCAUACUCUAGGAACCGUUGAUGAAACCCCGUUUAGGGUUCGAGAAUCAGCCCUUGGGGCAACCUUAAACCAAGCACAGCUAGCUCACAGCCUUGUCAAAGAGAUGGACUUGAGCUCGUUCGACCAGCGAGCCAAGUCGGCUUGGGCUGAUUGCUUGGAGCUCUAUGAGGACAUGAUUAGCCUCAUGGACCAAUCCAUCGGCUCCACCGAUCCAGCCAGCUCCCAGACGUGGCUCAGCGCGGCUAUGACCAACCACCAAACAUGCCAAAAUGGGUUCAACGAUUUCAACUUGUCUUCUCUUUUACAAUCCUUCCCUGCCAUGUCGGGCGACUUCUCAAAGCUGCUCAGCAAUUCACUGGCCAUAAACAAGGCGGUUGCGGCUUCAUCCACCGCUCAAGUUUCCGAUAAACAGAUUCGGGGCCGGCGGCUGUUGGGUGACGGCUUCCCGGCAUGGGUUUCAGCCGGCGACAGGAAGCUGCUCCAGUCGACUGGCUUGGCUGUGAAAGCAGACUUGGUGGUGGCUAGAGAUGGCUCCGGCAAUUACAGGACCAUCACCGAGGCCGUGGCGGCGGCGGCUAAGCGAAGGAGGUCUAGCCGAUUUGUUAUACACGUGAAAGCGGGCGUGUAUAGUGAGAAUGUUGAGAUUAAGAAGUCGAUGAAGAAUUUGAUGUUCAUCGGAGAUGGGAUCGAUGCCACUGUUGUCACCGGAAAUAGGAACGUUCAAGAUGGCUCCACAUCUUUCCGAUCAGCAACUUUUGCUGUAUCCGGCGGCGGCUUCAUUGCUCGCGACAUGACAUUCCGGAACACUGCCGGCCCUCAAAAGCACCAGGCGGUGGCGCUCCGCUCAGGCUCAGACCUCUCCGUUUUCUACAGGUGCAGCUUCAAGGGCUACCAAGACACCCUCUAUGUAUACUCUCAGCGCCAAUUCUACCGCAACUGCGACAUCUACGGCACCGUCGACUUCAUCUUCGGCAACGCCGCCACCAUUUUCCAAAACUGCAACAUCUACGUAAGAAAACCGAUGAGAAACCAGUGGAACACUGUCACAGCCCAGUCGAGAACCGACCCAAACCAGAACACCGGGAUCAUUGUCCAUAACUCCAUCGUCACCGCUGCGUCGGACUUGAAACCGGUCGUGGGUUCGUUCCACAGCUAUCUGGGUCGGCCAUGGAAGCAGUAUUCAAGAACAGUUUUCAUGAAGUGUUCUCUGGGCAGCUUGAUUGAUCCGGCGGGUUGGCUCCCGUGGAGAGGAAACUUCGCUUUGAGUACGUUAUAUUAUGGCGAGUAUAUGAACGCCGGCGCCGGGGCAAGUACUUCUGGCAGGGUGCGGUGGGCUGGGCACCAUGUUAUAACAAGCGCGGCGGAGGCGUCAAAGUUCACGGUCGGGAAUUUUCUGGCCGGGAAUUCGUGGAUUCCGGCGACGGGAGUGUCGUUCACGGCUGGCCUGUGAUGGUGAUGAUAUAUAUGCAACAUAUAUAUAUAAUUGGUUGUUGUAUUAAUUGGGGUGGGUUUGUCUGUGUUAUUGAUUAUUUAUUUUUAUUUUAUCCGCUAGUUUGAAUAAUAAUAAUGAUG